AUGUGAGCAGCGGCCAUCUCCACGCCAAGUCCAGAAAAAAUGCCAGGCGUGUUCCUCUCUGCUAAUCCAAAGGGACUGAAAGGAACUGAUCAUUCGCUUCUAGACAACAAGACGCAAAAAAGGAGGCCAAAGACUUUUGGAAUGGAUGUGAAAGCAUACCUGAGAUCUAUGAUCCCACAUCUGGAAUCUGGAAUGAAACCUUCCAAGUCCAAGGACCUACUCUCUGCUGAUGAAGUGAAGCAGUGGUCUGAAUCUCUGGAAAAACUUCUUGCUAACCAGACUGGUCAAGACGUCUUUGGGAAUUUCCUCAAGUCUGAGUUCAGUGAGGAGAAUAUUGAAUUCUGGCUGGCUUGUGAAGACUAUAAAAAAACAGAGUCUGAUCUUUUGCAUUGCAAAGCGGAGAAAAUCUAUAAAGCAUUUGUGCAGUCAGAUGCUGCCAAACAAAUCAAUAUUGACUUUCACACUCGAGAAUCUACAGCCAAGAAGAUUAAAGCACCAACACCCACGUGUUUUGAUGAAGCCCAAAGGACCAUAUAUACUCUUAUGGAAAAGGACUCCUAUCCCAGGUUCCUCAAAUCAAAUAUAUACUUAAAUCUUCUGAAUGACCUUCAGGCUAAUAGUCUAAAGUGA